CCCUGUGUUGCUAUAAACAUAGUUCUUCUGUUCUUUAGAACCAGUCACCGAAGAGCCGUCCUGCCAGCAAGUCGGACGUCGGUUAAGCCAAGUCACCUGCAGGAUAUCGUAAAAAAAACUGUUAUAAAGUAGCUUACGCGCAAAGAUGAUGGCCUAUGUGACGUUUUAUGCCGUCUUCCUACUGGUCAGCCUGAUUCCAUCUGUCCAGGCUGGCCGAGAAGCGGGGUUUUGGGUUGGAAACGUCACAAUUACCGAGGACGCGUCUGUCGGCAGCACAGUCAAGCACCUGCGAGACUUUCUUAACGUCGGCGAUGGCCUAAUGGAAGAGGAAAACGGAACGUCGUGGUCAGUGAACAUCACAAGUGGCAACAACCUCAGACGGUUUGAGGUUGUUGUUGAGAAUUUGACGCUAAUCGUCGCAGCACCGCUGGACUAUGAGUAUAACCCGCGAUACAACCUGUCCCUGGAGCUGACAAAUACUGGAGACAACAGCGUUUGGCAUGUAAACCUCGCCAUCGUGGUCACGGACGUGUGGGGAUACCCGCCAUACUACAGCAAACAGUGUGAAACACCAGUUAUACCUGAUACUGGGACGGCUGAGAACUAUUUUCUACUGAGCAGCCCUAAUGGGCAAUUCGAUGUUGUAAUUAAUGGCGAAGAACGACAGUACCCAGACUUUUUUUCCCUGUUAGAAUCCCACGAUGCUAUCAUGAACGACUGCUCCCUUCGGCUGUGUUCUACUUUGAACCCAUAUUGGGAAGUUCUGCUCCGCCCGGCUCUUGAGGAGACUCAUGAGAAUGGAGGGAGGAUAGAGUUUCAAUGUCGUGACAGACAGUUGAGAAGUGUAGGCAAGUUUAUAUUUUUCGAUGUUUCGAAACAAAUGUUGCCUGAGUGGGCACAGGAUAAAAUGUGUAGCAUGACAGAAGGUUAUGCUGUAGUUGUUAAGAUGAAUAAGAUAAGAUCCACGUCGUCCUAUUGGAUACAAUGUAGCGCUAACGUCACAGUUUACGGUGCGACAUGGCCUGUUGAUGUUAUAUUUCAGUACGACAUUACAGGGUGUCCCGAGGGCAGGUACGGUCUGUACUGUGACAAGGACUGUGUUUGUAAGAACGGCGCCCGGUGUCAUGGCUUUAACGGUGCCUGUGAGUGCCGCCCGGGCUGGAGAGGGAGGGCCUGUGAUAUUCCCUGGCCUGAAGUUGUCGUCAUAGCGUCACCUGGCGAUUCAGUCGUAAAGUACAUCGGUGCUAAUCUGACAUUGACCUGCCUGGCUCCACACAUCCAAGUAGCUAGUAUGAUGUGGGUUUAUGAAACAGAAAGCUAUUACAACGAUACAAAAUCAUUGAAGAAGGGGCGGUACAGAACAGUUCCAUCAACUUCCAGCCAGUCUCAGAAUCAGACAACGGUGGUUAUACUUGCGUGGUAA